AUGGGUUCACCUUUAUCACCUGUAAUUGCAAACCUGGUAAUGGAAAAACUGGAACAACACUGCAUAGCUGAAUUAGAGAAGAAAAACAUCAAUCUAACAACAUACCGCCGGUACGUGGACGACUGCUUCUGUGUGGCUACUGAGGAACAAAUCAACGAAAUACUGGCGACAUUCAACAGUUUUCACAACAGGCUGCAAAACAGGCUGCAAUUCACCAUAGAAAUGGAGGCGAAUAAAAGCAUAAAAUUCCUGGACAUGAUGCUGACUAGAAACAACGGUAAGCUAGAAAAGUCAUGGUUGCCGAAACAAGUCGAUGGCAAAUAUCUCGACUUCCACUCGCAAAGCCCGUACGCACACAAAUGCAAUACGGCAAUAGCGCUAAUCGAUCGAGCGAUUAAAUUAUCGGAUCCAAAAAAUCGGCCAUGCGCCAUUAAAACGGUAAAAGGCAUAUUAAACAUUAACCAUUAUCCCGAGUGGUUUGUACAAAAAAUACUAAAAGCUAGAGUUCACAAGUUUUAUAACACGCUCGAAAUUACUAAGCAAACAGAAGAAAACACUAAGUUUGCAUCUUCUGCGUAUAUACCGGGUCUGAGUGAGAAACUGCACAAAAUCCUAAGGAAACAUAAUAUAGAGCUAGCUUUCAAACCACUAGAUAAGAUCAAGCAUCGUGUGUUUAGUAAGCUGAAAGACCCGAUCCCACCAAGUAAACAGAAAAAUGUAGUGUACUCUAUACCAUGUGGUACAGAUGACGGCAAAGUGUACAUUGGACAAACGGGAAGACGGUUGGAGACGAGAAUAGCUGAACAUAAGAACGACGCAAAGAAAAAGGAAGCAAAAUCCGGACUAGCACAGCACACUAUCCAGAGCGGACACAUGUUCGACUUUGAUAGUACACGCAUACUAGAAAGAGUCGAGAACCAGGAGAGCAGAGAAACCGCGGAGAUGUUCCACAUAAAGAUACUGGGGGAAGAAAAAACAGUAAACCUACAGCGUGAAUGUGGAACAUUCAAUGCAAUGUAUAACGGUCUGGUCACUAAGCUACGGCAGUGUGAACAAAACAAGCAGGCAAUGGUUACUCGUCGGCAGCGGACGCAGCAUUAA